GCGGCGGCGCGGGAGCUCGGCAUGGCUGGCCUGGUGCUGGGUCUGAUGAGCUGUACCUUCUUUCUAGCAGCGAAUGGUCUAUAUUCCUCUAGUGAUGAUGUAAUCGAAUUAACUCCAUCAAAUUUCAACCGAGAAGUUAUUCAAAGUAAUAGUUUGUGGCUUGUAGAAUUCUAUGCUCCGUGGUGUGGCCACUGCCAAAGGUUAGCACCAGAAUGGAAGAAAGUAGCCACUGCAUUAAAAGAUGUUGUAAAAGUUGGUGCAGUUGAUGCAGAUAAACAUCAGUCCCUUGGAGGUCAAUAUGGUGUUCAGGGUUUUCCUACCAUUAAGAUUUUUGGAUCCAACAAAAAUAGACCAGAAGAUUAUCAGGGUGGCAGAACUGGUGAAGCCAUCGUAGACGCUGCUCUCAGUGCCCUGCGCCAGCUCGUAAAGGAUCGCCUUGGGGGAAGGAGUGGUGGAUAUAGUUCUGGGAAACAAGGUAGAAGCGAAAGCUCAAGUAAGAAAGAUGUGAUUGAGCUGACGGACGACAGCUUUGAUAAGAACGUCCUUGACAGUGAAGACGUUUGGAUGGUUGAGUUUUAUGCUCCUUGGUGUGGACACUGCAAAAACCUGGAGCCAGAAUGGGCAGCUGCAGCUACAGAGGUCAAAGAGCAAACGAAAGGAAAAGUGAAACUCGCAGCUGUAGAUGCUACCAUUAACCAGGAUCUGGCCAGCCGCUACGGGAUUAGGGGAUUUCCUACAAUCAAGAUAUUUCAGAAAGGCGAGUCUCCUGUGGAUUAUGACGGAGGGCGGACAAGAUCUGACAUCGUUUCACGGGCUCUCGAUUUGUUUUCUGAUAAUGCCCCACCUCCUGAGCUGCUGGAGAUCAUAAGCGAGGACAUCGCCAAGAGGACCUGUGAGGAGCAUCAGCUCUGCAUCGUGGCUGUGCUGCCCCAUAUCUUGGAUACUGGAGCUGCAGGCAGAAAUUCUUACUUGGAAGUUCUUCUGAAGUUGGCAGACAAAUACAAAAAGAAAAUGUGGGGGUGGCUGUGGACAGAAGCUGGAGCCCAGUCUGAACUUGAGACAGCUUUGGGGAUCGGAGGGUUUGGAUACCCCGCCAUGGCAGCCAUUAAUGCACGCAAGAUGAAGUUUGCUCUUCUGAAAGGAUCUUUCAGUGAGCAAGGCAUUAAUGAGUUUCUCAGGGAGCUCUCCUUCGGGCGCGGAUCCACAGCACCUGUAGGAGGCGGAGCUUUCCCUGCCAUCAGCACCAGAGAGCCUUGGGACGGCAAGGAUGGCGAGCUUCCGGUGGAAGACGACAUCGACCUCAGUGAUGUGGAGCUGGAUGACUUGGAGAAGGAUGAGUUGUGAGGGGCUCAGCACGGACUUCAGUUGUCUUUUCUUGGGAGCGGAUUUUUCCAGCAGUGAAGGAACAUUCUUUACAAUCAGAUGGAUCUACCAGUGGCCUUUUUAACCAAGUAGCAGCACUUGAUUGGUCAUUUGAAACACUGCAACAGUGAACUUGUGCAUCUCGAGAAAACAAUGAAAAAUUCUAUGAAUUGUUGUAGCCAGAGAAUUCAGUUGUAUUCUGUUACGUAAUAUUUUGAAGAAAACUGAUGGGCUGUUGAAAGGUUUUUCCCUCCCUCUGCUGCUUGAAUGUUCUUGAAGGCUGUUUCUUAUAUAUAAGUUUUUUAAUGUGAUUCUUUCAUUUGAAUAUUAAUGGAUUUUUUCCAUUAAAGAAUAAAAUAUUUUGGACAAUACCGA